AAUUCUCUAUAAAUCUCCAUGGCGUCUCGGAAACCACUUCAUCAUCCAAAUUCCAGACAACAUCAGUAAAGUAAAGUAGUUCUUUUAGCUUCGCAAAAAUGGCAGCUUUUGCUCUUUCGUCUCCCUCUAAUUCCUUGUACAGAUCUUCCUUCUCUCCGAUCCCCACCAAAACAGCAUCCGCUCCUCGAUUCAGGGUCUCUGCCUCGGCCGCAGCGGCCAUCGCCGCCCCGGAGGCGCCGGCCACCAUGUACGACCUGCUCUCGGUGUCACACACCGCUGGCGCCAGCGAGAUCCGCGCGGCGUACCGGCGGCUGGCCCUGCGGUGGCACCCGGACGCGUGCCGCUCGGCGGGGGAGGAGCGCUUCUACGCGGAGCGCUUCAUCGAGGCGCGGGAGGCCUAUGAGGUGCUCUCCGACCCCGCCAGCCGCCGCAGCUACGACCUCGCGCUCUCCGGCGACCGCUGGGCCGCAGCGGUCGGCGCUGGCCCGGCCUUCCGCGAGGGCCGCGGUCGGCGGCGAGAGGCCAGCGUGACGGUGUUCGGGAAUUGGGACGCGCAGCUGGACGGGCUCCGACGGCGAUCGGCCGUGACGGAGGCCGACGGGGAGGAGACUUGGGGUGGCCGCGUAAGGAGGGCCACCCGCGGCGCCGCGGAGACCGCUGUCUAAGUGGGGAGACUCCAUGGCGCAGAUCGGUAUCAAAUCGACGUCUCGAUCGGAUCAAGCGAUGGAUUGACAUAUUUGCCGGCGGCGGCGUCUCGACGGAACGAUCAAACACACGCGGACUUCGAAUCUAAGAGGGAUCUCAAAAUCUUUAACAAGAAAAACGCUAACUGCGGCAGUUGAUCAACAGAGCUCUCCAAGAUCUUCAAUUGUGACCAGAUUAUAAUGGACUGUACUUUUUCUUUUGGUGGUUUCAGGCACCAAAUUAAAUGGAGAUCUAAAUUUGUGAAAAUUGAAAUAUCUUCAUGUGGAUUUUCGUUAUCA